CUGCUAAUACCCCAUCUUGCGAGUGUGUUUUCGUCUUGUCUCUCCUGUUCCCAUCUCGAUACUCAUCUCCUCACCAUCGAAGUAUCAUCACCACCACCACCACCAGCAAAUGUCCAGCCCAGGCGACCCCGGGUGGAAAUGGUUCCCCAACGACAAGCCCUCGUGGCGCCUCGACGUCGUCACGCUGCUGGCCGUCAUCGGCGAGUCUGCCAUUGCCGAGCACGCCCAGGCCAUCACCGCGUCGCUGCUGUGCAUGCUGCCUCGCCUGCUGCCCGCGCCCCAGGCCCUGCUCAAGCCCUCGCGCCCGACUCGCCUGCCCGAGACGCACGCCAAAAUGGCCGGCGUCUACAGCGGCACCAUCCUCGACUCGGUCGGCUUCUUCGCCAACAUCAUCACGCCCCUCGACGCCCUGCCACCGUACAGCUUCCUCGUGCUGGACAUUCAGCAUGCGCCUAGCGUUCAGGAUCUGCUGUCAACCGGAACCAUGGCCGUGACCGGUGGUCGGCCCAUUGUGCCUCCCAAGCUGCUGUCGCCUCUCCACCUCCUCUCUGCCUUUUCCUUCCUCCUCAGCGCCGGCAUUCUUGUUGCUGCCGUCAUAUGGAAGGACGGCGUUGCCAUCAUCGCCAUCACGCUCAUCUCCUUGGCGUCCACCGUUGUCGGCUACGCCUCCUCCUGGCGGCCAAUUCUCAUGCAGCGCAGGCACACCAACGACGUGCCCAGCGGCGACGUCAUGAUACGGACGCGCGAAGGAGCCUUUGUUUUGGUUCGCUGCUCCGAGGACGUUGCUCGAGAGCUUUACUCCGGGACCGAGGAGUGCGAGUACUACGUUGGCGAGAAGGCCUACAGGGUGUGCAUGGCGCUCGGCACGAUUCUUCUCAUGGUCAGCGUCGUGCUCCUCGGCAACUGCACCUGGAACUCGCAAAUCUUCAUUGGAGGAUCGUACAUUGUUCUCAAUGGGCUAUACUGGGGUCUCGGCAUGCUGCCAAAGACGUACUUCUGGGACCUCUCGCGCUAUACAUGGCGCGACGCCACCGAAGAGGACGGACAGAAGGCCGAUACCAUCACGGACAAGGACGACGAGCGCGAAGGCCACCCAAGCUUCACGCGCACCUUGUGGUAUGCCAUUCGCGAGACAAAGGCCAUAGGCUGGGUCGAGCGGAGCGGCGCCGCGCCAGGCACACCGCAGUGGCAGCAGUGGCUCAACGAGGCGUUGGAGAAUGCGAAGCUGGGCAAUCGCGACUGGGAGGCCGUCAAGAGGAAGAAUGAAAUCAUGACCCAGGCGAGCAAGGACGGAGGCGACCCUGCGACGCAGAGAGCGCCGGCGACGGAGGUGCAGACCAACGGGUCAGCGCCGGGCAACAUGAGGUCGACUUUCUAG